UUUUUUUUUUUUUUAGCGUCAGCACUCAUGUCGUGGGGCACGUCCGCCUCAGUAGUCAAUAACAAACGUCGACGUUUUUGAUUGCGUUUUCUGCAUUUGUAAUUCGAACCACGAAACAUUAUUGUUUUUAUGAAGAAUGGAACCACAUUGGAAUGACUCCAAAUUAUCAGCGUGUGCAGGGUGAAUUUAGUUAGAAGUCUAAAACUGACAUUUGGAUAUCCUUCCUCACGAUGUAUACUUUACUAUCUGGAUUAUAUAAGUACAUGUUUCAAAAGGACGAAUACUGCAUUUUAAUCCUUGGAUUGGAUAAUGCUGGUAAAACGACCUUUUUGGAACAAACCAAAACAAAGUUCAGCAAGAACUAUAAGGGAAUUAAUUUGUCCAAGAUCACAAGUACAGUUGGACUGAACAUUGGAACUAUUGAUGUGGGCAAGGCUCGUUUAAUGUUUUGGGAUCUGGGAGGUCAAGAGGAGCUUCAGUCUCUUUGGGAUAAAUACUAUGCAGAGUCCCAUGGAAUUAUCUAUGUGAUAGACUCAACUGAUGAAGAACGACUUUCGGAAUCAAAGGAAGCCUUUGAGAAAAUGAUCAGCAGUGAUGUGUUAGAAGGUGUCCCGCUCCUUGUCCUGGCCAACAAACAGGAUGUACUGAACUGUUUGUCCGUGCCAGAUAUUAAAACAGCUUUCAGUGACUGUGCACCCAAGAUUGGCAAGCGAGAUUGUUUAGUCCAACCAUGCACAGCCCUCACAGGGGAUGGCGUAAAUGAAGGCAUCGAAUGGAUGGUGAAGUGUGUGAUCAGGAACAUUCACAGGCCACCCAGACAGAAGGACAUCACAUAGAAGGGCUUCGCAUCCUUUUUCUCUGAUUUUGGACUUUCUCAUCAAGAACAUUCCUUGUAAACUUUGGAAUUCCCUCGUGUGUCUGCUGUGAUUCUGAAAAGCUUGAUUAUAUUCUGGUUUAGGACUUGGGGACAGAUUGUCUCCGACUGAUACAAGGAUACUAAACCAAAUAUGGACAUUGUCCUUGCCCACAUUUGUAAGAUUGUCAAAUUCAAAUGGCUUUUCAAAGCUUAAACAUUCCUAACUGACCUUUGCUCCAUCAGAAUGAACCACUGUCCGAUGCCAGAGACAUGUCGUACGUUGAGCUAUUGCUAAGUCAUUUUCAUUGAACCAUGAUUUAAAAAGGAAAAAAAGGGGAGGUAAUUGUGAUUCAGUUCAGUCAAGAAAGCCUACAGCAAUUUAAAUGUGAAAUUAUAGUUAGAUAAAUAUUUUCAAAUGUAAAGAUCUGUCACAUUUGUCUUUAAUAUUUCUUUUACUACCAUACUCUGUCAGGAGGAAACGACUUGCAUAAAUCCACUGAUCACAUUUGUUUACAGAUUGAAUAUUUACUUCGUUUCCCCCCCUUCACAUAGAAUUGAACUUUCUUUUGGGGAUUGGGAUUCACUCAUGGAACAAGAAACAUGGAAAAAGCAUGCAAAAACCCAGUUUGUCUGGUGCAAUGAAAAUUAAAAACUGGCUUGACAUC